GGCUCCGCGGGGGCGGGGCUGCGAGCCGUGGGCGGCGUGGCGCUGCUAGCUGGGCGCAGGGCCGGGGGUGCCGGGGAUCGCCGCGGUUUAGCGCGCGGAGCUGCCGUGUGCCUUGAGGGCGAGAGAAGCAUCGGGCGGCGGCGACCCCCACCGGCUGGUGCAGGGCCUCGGGCCGAGUGGGGCCGAGCGCUGCGCGGGGAAGCGGCGGCGGCGGGUCCCGAGCGCUACGCGCCAUGGCGGGCGGGCCCCCCAAGGCCCUGCCGUCCACGGGGCCCCACUCCCUGCGCGACAUGCCGCACCCGCUGGCCGGCUCCAGCAGUGAGGAGGCCAUGGGAGGCGACAGCACGCCCAGCCCGGACCUUCUGAUGGCCCGCAGCUUCGGUGACAAGGACCUCAUUUUGCCCAAUGGUGGUACUCCAGCAGGCACUUCGAGCCCAGCCUCUUCAUCUUCCCUUCUGAACAGACUCCAGCUUGAUGAUGACAUUGAUGGUGAAACCAGAGAUCUCUUUGUCACGGUUGAUGAUCCCAAGAAGCAUGUCUGUACAAUGGAGACCUACAUCACAUACAGGAUCACCACCAAAAGCACUCGAGUGGAGUUUGACUUGCCAGAAUAUUCUGUUCGCAGAAGAUACCAGGACUUUGACUGGUUGAGGAACAAACUGGAAGAAUCGCAGCCCACUCAUCUCAUUCCCCCGCUUCCAGAGAAGUUUGUGGUGAAAGGUGUCGUGGAUCGAUUUUCAGAAGAGUUUGUGGAGACCAGAAGAAAAGCCCUGGAUAAAUUUCUAAAAAGGAUUACAGAUCACCCUGUGCUCUCUUUCAACGAACACUUCAAUGUGUUCCUCACUGCUAAGGACCUGAAUGCCUACAAGAAGCAGGGGAUAGCACUGCUAACCAGAGUGGGUGAGUCGGUCAAGCAUGUCACUGGCGGCUAUAAGCUGAGGAGUCGGCCUCUGGAGUUUGCAGCCAUCGGUGACUACUUAGACACUUUUGCACUCAAGCUGGGAACCAUCGAUCGGAUAGCCCAGCGAAUCAUCAAAGAAGAAAUAGAGUACCUCGUAGAGCUGAGGGAAUAUGGGCCUGUAUAUUCCACGUGGAGCGCCUUGGAGGGCGAGCUAGCAGAGCCCCUGGAAGGCGUGUCGGCCUGCAUUGGGAACUGCUCCUCAGCCUUGGAAGAACUAACAGAUGACAUAACAGAGGAGUUUCUACCAGUGCUCAGGGAAUACAUCCUAUACUCUGACUCCAUGAAGAGUGUACUGAAGAAGAGGGACCAAGUUCAAGCAGAGUAUGAAGCCAAACUGGAAGCUGUGGCUCUGAGAAAGGAAGAUCGUCCCAAGGUGCCCGCAGAUGUGGAGAAGUGUCAGGACAGGGUGGAGUGCUUCAACGCUGACUUGAAGGCUGAUCUGGAGAGGUGGCAGAGCAACAAGCGGCAUGAUUUCCGGCAGCUGCUCGUGGGCUUGGCUGACAAGAAUAUCCAGUAUUAUGAGAAGUGCCUCAUGGCGUGGGAGUCGAUUAUUCCACUACUGCAAGACAAACAAGAGACCAAGUAGAUUUGUUCUUGGGACAGAGACUCUUCUGCCUCUACAGGGCAUGGCACCCUGAACCAGAAUGUCCCUGCAGUGCCGGAGAGGUGGUCGUGGGAAAACAGCACAACAGCACCUCUCGUUUAUGAACUUUCUCCCUCUCCCUCUCCCCCCCACCCCCAUAGUUGUUUUCAGUUUAGUAUUUAUUCCUUGGAGGAGUCCAUGAGGCUGUAAUCAUCUCUCAACAGAAGCAUACCUCCAUAUUGUGAAGGAGCCUCCUAAGUGGAACACUACGAAGACUUGAAACUAAGGGACAGGACAACCCCCAGAUGACACUUGACAUCACUUUGGGGGGCAUCCCAAUUGCUGUUGUGGGACAGAACAACAGCCUUGCUUUUCAGGGACACAGGAGACAUGAAGAAGGCAGCUGUGGCUCGCUAUGGCGACCCUGUGGCUCUGUACUUUGCCCCUGGGGGCACUGGCCUGUCCCAGCAUAGGAGGUAUAGGUACCUUCUUGGAAAGUCCUUAAUUUACAGUGGCCUGUGGCUGUGACUGUGGCCUACUGCCUGCUCAUCAUGAGUGGCAUCUGUUGACUUGUUUUUGGUUCACCUGGGUCCAUUUAAAUCAGUGUCUGUGUGCAUCAAUGCUCGAGUGAGCAAGCCAGCGUCCUUGUCCUUAUGCGAUGCCUCAGGAAGCUGAAGAGAAUGCCCCUGGGUCUUGUUUCUGACACCAGAAUGCUAUAGAUGAGAAGUUUUUGGUGUGAAUUGGGAAAAGGUGCAUUUUUCUCCAUGUAGGUGUUAUGUUUU